GCGUGUGUUUGAGUAUGGUUUGUAUAGGCUAAUACAGGCAAUAACCUACCAUUACAGUUUGUCACAAAUCAUUUGAAUACAUUUAGUUUCUAAUUGAUAGAUGGUCAAUCUUGGUUGUGAUUGUUGUUAUAUUUAUGACAUAUCGGUAGUCUCAGCUCAACGUGGGAUGAAACCAUUAUUAUCUUCCUCAUUUUCGUAGGGUGGGCGUAAAUUAAUACGAUGCAUUAAAUAGGCGGCAAUCCUAAAAAUAUGAACUUCAUAACUUCUCAUCAAUAAAAAAUUGAAUAUAAGUUAAUAAUACUGUUAUUUUGUUCAUCGCGCUAAGUCAUAGUUAAUAUCAUAGUUAAUACGAGUCGUAUUGGACUCUUCCAAACCUAAGGGGAGGGAGGGGGGGAAAAGCGGCUACAGCGAAUCAUGGAAGUAGAAGUUGUUGUCAUCGUUUGUGCUAAACCUCUUAAUGAUAAGGACUUUUGGGAUGUUCUACUGGUGUAAAUGUUGUUAAUGCUUAGGUUGGAUGUAAACGCGUUACAUCCGUUUACGAAUACCGCACAAAACGUCCCAUUCCCCCAGUGGAGCGGUUCUCCGGAUCAAGCUAGGCUGUAGGAGGGUCAGUCCUCCAGGGCAGACCCGUGAGUGUGUGUGUAGACCAUUAAGUUUGUGCGCAGACCAUUGAGUUUAGACCAGUAAGUGUGUGUGUAGACCAGUGAGUGUGUGUGCAGAGUAGUGAGUGUGUGUGCAGUCCAGUGAGUGUAGACCAGUGGGAGCAGAUCAGUGAGUGUGUGUGUGUGUGUGUGUGUGUGUGUGUGUGUGUGUGUGUGUGGACCAGCGAGUGUUUGUGUGUACACCUGUGUGUGUGUGUGUGUGUGUGCGUGUAGACCAGCGAGUGUGUGUGUACAUCGGUGAGUGCAGACCAGUCAGUGUAGACCAGUAAGGGGGUGUGCUGACCAGUGAGUGUGUGCAGCGCACCACAGCAUGGUGGUCAGGUGUCUGGUCCCACUGGUGUUCACGGUGGCCAGGGGUCUUGCUGGUAUCGUGUUCUUUACCUGAGCGGGUCAGAAGGCGCUGGGAGUUGCUGUGGACGCGGAGCCCUCAGGAUGCUGGACCGCAUGUUCUCCUUGUGGUUCUGGUUCGGGUCCGCUCGCCCCGGGUUCUUCCUCUGGACGGCGGCGGUGUGGUCCGGGAUCCUCCUCAUGUACCACAGGGGGGUCCACGCUAGUCUGAGCCUGGGUCCCGGGGGGGACUUCCCUCGCCUCACAGAUGUGCUCCUCUACGCCUUUAGCCAUGAGGAUCUGCCCUCGCUCCUGGUCAACACCAUCCUGCUCCUGCUCCUGGGCCCGUGCCAGGAGCGGCGCUGGGGCACCCUGGCCCUCGUCUGUCUGUCCCUCCUGUCCGCCCUCCUGCUGCCGGUCCUCUACUCCCUGCUCCUGUUCGUUGGGGGGGGGGAGGCCAGUCGGAUCAGCGGCUACUCUGCCCCCCAGCUGGCCCUGUUCACCGCCCAGUGCCGCCAGGUGACCCAGAGGAGGCUGCUGGGCUGCGUGCCCGUCUGGUUCCUGCCGUGGCUGGUCCUGCUGGCCGGUCUGGUGCUGCUGCCCGGGACGCCGGCCCUGCUCCACUUCUGUGCGAUCUGCCUGGGACACAACUAUCGUCAGUCUUUCAUUGGGCUUUUCCAAGAACUGGAGAAUGCCACAAUUUUCAAGCGUGUUCCUGAAUGGGUCUGCGUCUUCACCACCACUACCCUACCUACCCUACCCUUCUACACCACGUCUGGCCCCAGGCUGCCCCCCUCCACCACGCCCAGAAGGUCUGGAUCCCCAUCUCAAUGGAAACCUUCUGGCGGGGCUGAUACUUCUGCUAGCCACCCAGCCCGAGACCCCUCGCCCCGACACCAGAGCCCCUGGUCCGAGCCGGGGCCUUCGUGGGCGCUAGAAGGAGCUGCUGCUCUGGGUGAACACCGCCUACUGGAGGAAGAGAUGAUGAAGGCAGGGAUCUUGGCCUCCUUACAAGACAAGUCUGAGGACCCCGAGGGGAGGGUGGAGGUGCCAAAGUCCUCUGUCUCCUCUCUCAGACUGCAGCAGCUUGAAAGAAUGGGAUUCCCGACUGAGAAAGCGGUAGUUGCGCUUGCGGCCUCAAAACAACUAGAUGGCGCCAUAUCCUUGCUGAUCGACAACCGCGUUGGUGACCAGUCAGUGAUGGUGUCAAAGGGGAGGGGCACUCCAUCCCCGUAGAGAACCACAUAAUAUGUUGCAUGUGAUCUUUGAUAGUGACAUGGCAUUGUGUUGCAAUAGUAAAAUAUGCUUGGGUUAUGCUGAGCUUAAGUGUUGUUAAAUGUUCCCUGUGGGCCUUUGUUGAUAAAAAAAAUACGUUUAUAUCAAUAUUAAACAUUGAAUCAAUCCAA